UUCAACGUUGUGCAUCUGCAGUUGAAGCUUUGUUUAUUCAACGAGCAUACCACAAUUUUACAUCAUUAUCCACGAUCCGUUCCGGGACAGCUUUACAAAUGCCAUUCGGCACAGGAAAUAAUCACGCUUCGUACUUUUCAACCCAGUCAUUGUACCCCAGCAUAACCGACUUUGUAGGAAUGGGAGUGUCAUGUUUUCACUCGACUCUUGGUUCAUUUUUGACUUAAGAAAUUUGAAAAUACCAAACAUUUAACAUUUUUAAAAAGUCUUCUAUUUCUGAGGUUAUUUGGAGAAAAGUUCUAAACUCGACGGGAUAGUUAAAGAUUUUCCAGCCUCAAUCAGCCUUCGCACGUGGAAUGUGUUGUACCUGAAUCCGGCCCAGGUGCUGCGUUACAAGCUGCUGUCAAUUUCACAAACCCCCAGAUUCAAGUGGAGCGUCGGGAUAUUUACUCAUUCUUGAAAAUGCAAAAUUUUCUCUCCGCCUCAAGAGGAAGUUAACCGGCGUUUACAUCAGUAGGCCUUAAAGUUCAUUAGAAGGCGCUUCUCCACAGGACGACUGGAAUCCCGUUGAUAAGUUGCCAGACCAGCCUGAGGCUGUAUUUAAUAGCAAUUGUUGAGAAGUUGGAAAUUUGAAAUAAAAGCGAAGUCCGAAAGUCUGAGCAGCCGGCUCCGAACUAGUUAAUUCACAAGUCCUCGUUUCGCCCUCCUUUUUCCUCCCCUCCCCUCCCGCGGGAUGCUGUGCAGACCAUAUAAAUAGUUAGAAGAUCUUCCUCGCCCACAUCAUCGAGUCCUGAGCUGUUCCAGCGAACGCGGAACCGCUGCCAUGCAUCUUGCCCACGGAGUUGCUUGCCUUGUGCUUAUCUACAGUACCAUUACUCCAGCAGCAUUGUGGUCCGUGAACAACUUUCUGAUGACCGGACCAAAGGCUUUCCUGACCUACUCCAGUAGUGUUGCUGCUGGGGCCGAGUCCGGCAUUGAUGAAUGUAAGCACCAGUUCACCUGGGACCGCUGGAACUGUCCAGAGAGCGCACUACAACUCUCAACACACAAUGGUCUUCGGAGUGCCACGAGAGAAACUUCCUUCGUGCAUGCCAUCAGUUCUGCAGGCGUCAUGUACACGCUGACGAGAAACUGCAGUAUGGGGAAUUUCGAUAACUGUGGCUGUGAUGAGUCCAGGAGCGGACAGGCCGGUGGACGAGGCUGGGUUUGGGGAGGAUGUAGUGACAAUGUUGAAUUUGGAGAACGAAUUUCUAAACAGUUCGUCGAUGCUUUGGAAACGGGGCAGGAUUCCAGAGCUGCCAUGAAUCUCCAUAAUAACGAAGCAGGAAGAAGGGCUGUCAAAGAGACCAUGAAGCGAACCUGCAAGUGUCACGGAGUGUCAGGAAGCUGCAGUAUCCAGACUUGCUGGCUCCAGUUGGUUGAUUUUCGAGACGUUGGGAACUACUUGAAAGUGAAACACGAACACGCUGUAAAGAUUGACUUGGAGAAGAGGCGUAUGAAAGGAGGGAAUAGCGCGGAUAACCGUGCGGCGAUCGCAGAAGCGUUCAGAGCAGUGCUGCGGACGGAACUGGUCUACCUGGAAGACUCUCCUGAUUACUGCGUCCGGAACAUGACACUGGGAUUGCAAGGAACAGAAGGAAGGGAAUGUCUCCAAAGUGGUAAGAACCUCUCCCAGUGGGAGAGAAGGAGCUGCCGAAGGCUGUGCGGAGAGUGCGGGCUCAGGCCAGAGGAGAGGGAGACUGAGAUUAUCACCAGUUGCAAUUGCAAAUUUCACUGGUGUUGUACUGUCAGAUGUGAGCAGUGCAAGCAAAUCGUAACCAAACAUUAUUGUUCUCGGCGAGACAAGAGUAGGUCUUCCAAUAAUAAGCGCAAAAAUCGGGCUCAGAAUUGGUAAGUCCAGAACUCCUCCAUAUUGAGAGAUGUUUAAAAAAAUCUUUCGAAGACUUGAGCAACUUUUGUUACUUCCUCAAUUAUAUUGUUAACUAAAAGUUGCUAUAUUCCAGGCGUUCUUUAAUCUGUGGCCUGCUUUCAGACUCUUUUACUGCUCCACCAGUCGCAACAUUUUAGAAGCAAACGUUUUAUUAUUCGUUUUGAAAGUUUUAAAGCAGGGACUUUUUUUGAAUUAUAUCUAGCCUAGGAUUUAAAAUAACAACAAUUCGUUAUCUUCAUUUUAGUUAACAUUUGAGCUGUAAAUUUGAAUCCAGCAGUUUCUUUCUAUGAAAGUGGAUGUGGGACUUCAUUCGAAUUUUUUUCUGCACAGUUUAUAUUUUUCUUGCGCACUUAUGUUUCUAUAACCUUGUUUUUGCACCGAUCAAAGACGUUCGCACUGUAAUGGAGAGAGCACAUGGACACUUCCAAGAAAUUAGAUAAAAUAAUAGCAUCAGAAAUUGCUGUAACGAAUCUUUUUCCACCUCUGGACCGAUUUACUAGUUUUUGUUUUUAGAAGCACCUCUCUUCGGGUUUACGAUAUGACUAAUAAGGUAAUGACUGAAUAUUGGGAAACAUUCCUUUUGUUUAGUUAUCUACACCGGAUAUGUAACUGGGUGAAAUAUAGUCUAGAAACUAAAUUGGCUUGU